AUGGAGGCUACCGAAGCAUCCGCCCACGCUCUCCUCCAGCAACCGUGGCUUCCUGUCAUCAUCGAUGGCACCCACCUCCUGGCCAAGAGCUCCUUUGGGGAGACGAUGUACCACAUCCUUCUCACUGACCUUCAUAGCGUGUGGGAAGAGACGAUGCACUCAGCUGCUAUCCAGAGCCGCGCUCAGGAGCUGAACAAGCGUUUGGAAGCCCCUGUCAAAGCGUUCUUCUCGCACUUGUGCGAGGUGGUUCGACCCAGUUUGUCGGGCAGCAGUCAGCCACCCGAAGGCGAAGCUGGCAUCUCUGUGAUGCAACUGAAUGAAGGCAGCUUAAACCUGAGGCUGAAGAGCAAGCUCGCAGGUCUGCCGUUCUAUUGGGAGUUUCGCUGCACUCCUGCUCCCAUCAGCGUGGUUUGUCUUCAUCUGGUGCAGCCCUUGUUAUCUAUGAGCCACGUGCUGCACCAGAAGGUGGAGCAACUGGAAGAUUUGCUGCUCAGGAAGGAUGCUGAGAUCCAGGACUACAAAGAGAAUGGAGGCACACUCAGCAGAGCACGCUUGCAGACGGACAUUUUUGAGCGGCACACCUUCAAAGGCGACUUCCUGGCAAAGACUCUUCCUGUGGUCUGUUCUGAGCGUCACGGUGUCCGAGACUUCGGAGGCGACCUUCAGGAGCUUUACACUGCGGUGGCUGGGCAAGGAAAUUCGCGCAAGCGCAAACUGUCUGAGCCGGACGCUUUAGUUGCCAAAGGUCCUGACCACACCAUUUCCUCAGGCGCCGAGGAAAAUGAAGCUGUCAGCGAGCAGAAUCACACCAGUCCAGUGGAGGAAGCAGGAGAUCACAUAAUCCACACAUCUUCAGCAAAGCAGCAGUUGGUCACCUGCGGCCGUGCUGAACGAGUGGCGUCCAAAGCAAAGAAGAAGAAAGCUGUGGGAUUGUUUAGAUGA